AUUUAAACUCUACUUUUCAACCUCGAUAAUUGUAUUACAAUCUCGUUGGUAAUCUUUUGAUUUUUUGCAUUUAAGUUCGUGCAUAACCAACAUCAAGCAAAAACAAAAACAACUAAAAGUCAAGAACAGAGCAAAAUUCAAGCAAAAAGUAACAACUUGAAACCAAAAUAGCCCUGGAAAAAGGGGUUGGCUUAAGCGAGCGUGCUCACUCGAGCUUCAUAAAACAUGUAGUCAAACCAAAUGGCUUAAGAGAAGGUGAGACCAGCCCCAGCAAAAUACCAAGUGUAGGAUACUCCCUUAAAUGUGUUAAGCCAACAAGUCAACAAAUAACCUGAAUGCAACUCCAAAGUUCCAUUAAAAGAAAAUACAAGUGAAAUAGUAUGUAUGGAAAGAAAUGUAGAUGAGAAAAUGAGGUGUUUGUUUAGGUUGCUUUUCCGUUUGGUUAGAUAUAGCUGUAAACGUUAGUCCUUUUCUCUCAUUACCGUUGGAAAAUAAUAAUAAUAAUAAUAAUGAGUGGAAAUUAAGCCCCACUCUUUGUUCUUUCUCAAAAACCCUCCACACUCAUACCUUGCUUCAAAGUCAUUCAUUCUCUCUCAAUUUUGUCCAAAUUAAUUUUCUUCUUCUUCUUCUUCUUCUUCUUCACUUUCCAAUUAUGUGCGACAUGGAUGGUUCUUCCAAUUACAAAACCCCACAGAUCUCCCAAAUGUUUCAGAAGUUCGCCCUUGCUUUCAAGACCAAAACCUUCGAAUUCUUCGCCGACGACGACGCCCCUGAUGAUUCCGACGGAUUUUCCCUCUUGGACUCCGCCGAGGAGAUUAUUACCGACCAGAAAGUCGUCGUCAUUAAACCUGAUUCUGCUUUUGAUUUCUUUCCCACUGUUCCUUCUAACCUUAUUCCACCCAAAUCCAAUCACGUGGUGGAGAGUAAAGUUGAGGGAGGAGGAACAACGGGGAAGAUUGUUGAUGUGGAGAUGAUGCAGACUUUGGUUUCGUCCAUUUUCGCUACUGUUUCUUCUUUUGAAGCUUCGUAUAUUCAAUUGCAAACUGCCCAUGUUCCGUUUGUUGAAGAAAAAGUCACGGCCGCCGAUAGAGUAUUGGUAUCGCACUUCAAGCAGCUUUCUGAUUUAAAAUUUUUUUAUAAGGAUUUCCGUACGAAUCCUGAGGAGGAUAUUUCUAUUCCGGUUGGUUCUUGUUUGGAAGCUCAGGUGCAAGAGAAUCAAAGUAAGCUUCGAGUGCUUGGGACUGUCUCGGACCGUGCUCAGUCGGAGAUUGAUCGGAAGGACUCUGAGGUAAUGGCUCUUAGAAAAAAGUUGGGGGAGUUGCAGAAGUCUAAUUUGAGAUUAUCAAAGAAAUUAUCUGCUAGUUUGAAUGCCCCUUGUGAUGUUUUGUUGUCUGUUAGAGUAUUCGAUUCAAUAUUACACGAUGCUUGUAGAGCAGCCUACAAUUUUAGUAAAGUUUUGAUGGAAUUGAUGAAGAAAGCUUCGUGGGAUAUGGAUUUAGCUGCUAAUUCAGUUCAUUGUGAGAUCAGAUAUGCGAAGAAAGCGCAUAUUCGGUAUGCAUUCUUAUCAUAUGUUUGUUUAUGGAUGUUUAGAAGUUUUGAUUCGGAAGUUUAUGGUGUGACUGAGACUGAGAGUUUUUGUACUGAACAAUCUCAGAAUUUUGAUGGAAUUAGCAUUUCUCUUAAGCAAUUACUUGAGCAUGUUUCAAGCAACCCAAUGGAACUGUUAAGUGUAAAUCCUCAAUGUGCAUUUGCAAAAUUUUGUGAGAAGAAAUAUCAAGAACUUAUUCAUCCUACUAUGGAGUCGUCAAUUUUCAGUAAUUUGGAUAGGAAAGAAGCCAUUUUGAAUUCAUGGCGGUCGGUCAGUGUGUUCUAUAAGUCGUUUGUUAAAAUGGCUAGCUCAGUGUGGAUGUUGCAUAAGUUGGCUUUCUCUUUCGAUCCCAUUGUGGAAAUUUUUCAAGUUGAAAGAGGUGCUGAGUUCUCAAUGGUAUUCAUGGAAGACGUCACGAGAAGAUACAUUCCACCUUUUAAAUCUCGGGCAAAAGUAGGGUUUACUGUGGUUCCUGGUUUUAAAAUUGGAAAGACAGUAAUCCAGUCUCAGGUCUAUCUUGAGGAACUCUGUGCUCUUGGUAAAGGAUGAAAAACAAAAGCUUCCAUUGAGAUUUAUAACGAGGAAAAUGACUCCUCCUUUUCGUGUUAUCAUUCCGAUAUCUAUGGUGAGUUGGAAUUCAUGAGGUGAGUGGAUGCCUCAUUAACUUGCUGAAGCUAGAUAAAUGAAUGGACUGUGCACCACCUGAACGCUAGCUCAUCGCUUCUGGACACGGAUAAACUGCAAACUCAGCAGCCACCUUGUAAAUCUCUCCCUCGUGCUCUCUUUCACUUACUGUGAGUAUUGUUCAGGGUCAAUUUUAUAGAUAUUUUUUCUCCUUUUGAGUUCAUCACUCACUGAUAUAUACAUAACCAAAUUGUGUAUUUAGAUCAACUGAUUACAGUCAUCAUAUAAUUAAUGAUUAAUAUUCCGUUUCCUUCAA